CUCUGUGAUCUUUAUCUCUCCCUCUCUUAAAUCUCCAAGUUGUUUAGCCUGAUAGCCUUUGAGUUCUACUCUCUAUAAGCUCAAAAAUGGAAUCUACUACCACACCAGAGAUAGCAAAGAAGCUAAGCAACAUGUUACGUCUAAUGAAGAAACGUGGCAAGAUCCUAGGCAAGUCGGUAAACGACUUCAUACUCCGCCACCACACCACCCUCGACUCAGUCCGCUGCCGCUCACUCGACGACGUGCACGUGUCAUUCGUGUACCCCAUGGAGUACGAGUUCAGCUGCAGCAGCAGCCCACCACACCACCAACGGUCGCGUACACCCGGCCACCUUAGCAGCAGCAAGCGCAACAACAUCAACUACUACAACGGCCGUUAUCAUCACCAGCACUCGCGGCGGUCCGUUUACGUGCCGAUGAUGUGCGAAGACGUUUUGGGGAGUAAGAAUGUGUCCUUCUGCGGCGGUGACGUGGUGGAGCCGCUGCGGCUGAGGCCGAGGGUGAGGAAGGUUAGGAUAACGGAGUGGGAGCCGUUAUUUCCGUUGAACACCAGUGAAGAAGAGGAGGAGGAGGAGGAGUGGCAUGUGGACAAGGCAGCGCAGGAAUUCAUCGACAAGUUUUAUCGGGAUCUAAUGUUGCAAAAGUGGAAUUCGGUAGCAGAUCGAUGCUUUUAGCUGAUGACGCGUCAGUACGUACAGGCUCGUGAGACGUGAUCGAAGUUAGGGUUUUUACUAUGUGGAACGUACUCCGGCCGGGACGACGUAGUGAAUCUUAACCAUGUAUCCAUGCAUGCAUCAUGAGAAGAAGAUCCUAGUUUUCACUUUUUACUUUUCUAGUAUUGUACUGCUGGCGUACGGUAAAGACUGAGGCAUCAGGAUUCCCUUGCAUGGAAUAUGAAAUAUUGCAGGAAUUCUUCAGAAUUAAUGUUUAACAUGUUAUCUUAUAUAUGUAUAACUAAGACUUUUCUUUUUCUAA